ACUUCAGUUAUUGUCAUAGCAGGCGUUUAAUAUCAUGAAUACGAAAGGAAAGAUACUUAUUAUUUGCGUUAUUGUUUUGAUAUGUGUAAUGGAUUCGAUGGCAAGUCCAUUAAACAGUAUAAACUCGAACAAGGAUGUUUUAAAAUUUAACAUGAUGGCGGAAACGUACACACAUGAAGUAGCUGCACUGAAAAGAGAAGUGGUCUCUUUGCAAGAAAGAGUGACAGUACUCGAGACGAAUCUUGUAAAUUCUGGGAAUGGAUUAACAAGAAUGGACAGGAUGGAAGACACUAACAACAACAAGCAUGCAUUAACAAAGCGAGCAGCUGUUAGAAGACGAAUUCGAAGACCCGAGGUAGCAUUUCAAGCGUCUUUAACAAAAGAGUCGGCGACAUUUAAGCUAUACGAUACAAUUAUCUUCAACAGCGUGAUAACGAACAUUGGUCGUGCAUACAACAAACAUACGGGCAUCUUCACUGCACCUGUAUCCGGAACUUACACCUUUAACACAAAUAUCGUGUCAGAGAAAGGACAUUAUGUCGAAGCAAGUAUUAAAGUUAAUGACCUGGUGACUGUUUCAGCAAUAAGUGAUCAUAGAAUCUCUCGAGAUGGAGAAUAUUUUACUAUGUGGGACCAGGGAAAUGCUGUGGCAAUUUUAAGUCUGAAUCGAGGGGACAAGGUUGCAGUAUCUGUGCAAUGGCCACAAGGAAGCCAUGUCAUACAUGGUGUCGGAAAAUCUAGUUUCUCAGGAUAUCUUGUGAGAUCACAUGAACAUCGCUGAUACAACGUAUUUGCUUGAGUCAACUUAAGUUACUUUGAUAAAGUACAAAAUGCAAAAAUCUGCCAUUUUUCAUAAUGUAAGAUCAUAACAUCCGAGCUCUUUUCAUCCAGACAAAAUCGAUUUUCACAUAUUACAUUAGUACUAAUCGACCACCGGUGUGAUAGUGGAGCAUAUGGUGAAAGGUUAAUACGGAAUAAAGUUUCGUUCGACCUUUAUUGGUCACAUAGAAAAUAUAAGCAAAUAUGGGCUUUGCUGAUGGUAAUUUGACAAAUAUUUGUAUGAAUUAAACCGGUGAGUCCGUACUACAUUAGGACAAUGAUAAAUUAAUGAAAUACAUUGAACUAGACAAAUUCUUAUUAAUGAAAUACAUUGAACUAGACGAAAUACAUUGAACUAGACAAAUUCUUAUUAAUGAAAUACAUUGAACUAGACAAAUUCUUAUUAGAGCUUUCUUUUUGUUGUGUUAAUUUGACAAAUAAUUUUUGUUGUUGUAAUUUGACCAAUAUUUGUAUGAAUUAAACCAGUGAGCCUGUACUACUUUAGGACAAUGAUAAGUUAGUGAAAUACAUUGAACUAGACAAUUAAUUAUUAGUGUUGUUGUGUUGUGUUGUGUUUUAUUAGAUCUAUCAGCUUGUUUACUAUUUUAUCCUUUUUAUUUGCUAUAUUUAUUGAUUACUACUACAUUUGCAUUUAUUUUGUAUAUUUUGUGUUUUGCUAACCAAUAAGAUCUAUAUAUUUUCUAUGUAUAAUUCUUUUCAAACAAAAUUUACAAUCCGGUACUGUUCGUAAAAUACGGGACAAUAAACAGAUGAUAGAUUGACUCCCGGCCCUGUUUGUUUUGUCAUACCUUAUCAGUGAAAGUAACUCCAGCAGGUUGUUUCUAUAAUAUAUUGACAUUUUUAUUGCCCUUCACUCCCAAGAUAAUAUUAUAUAGUUUAGCCAUCAGAUAAAAAUAUGCUAUUUUAGAGGACUAAAAUUUAGUUUAUAAAAAUAACCAUGCAGCCAAGGAUCCGGGCUAAAAAGAUGAUAAAAAAGCAAAAAUAUAUAUGUUUAGCUUUGAAAGAAAUAACCGUUGCACUUCUGCUAUUUGUUUUUUUCGUUUAACACACUGACAAAAGUUUCUUUGAUCUUGGACCUUAUGUAAGAUUUAACAUGGAAAAGACAAGGAAACGAUUGCAAUAAAAUCCUUUGUAUCUA